UUCCAUGGCGACAGCCUCUCAUUUUAAACACAUUACUAUUCUUCUUCAUUCCCUGUUGCUCCAUUUCCUCACUGCGUCAUUGGCCACACAAGAUGAUCUUGUAAUCAACACCGAAAAUGGGAGGGUUCGAGGGACGUUGCUCUCUGGAGUGGGCGGAGAUGUCAGAGCAUUCCUGGGAAUUCCUUAUGGACAACCACCUUUAGGGAAACUGAGAUUCCGAGCCCCAGUACCGGUAGAAACAUGGCAUGGGGUGAAGGAUGUCACUAAGCUCCCAGAUGCGUGCUAUCAGCUGUUGGACACAAAGUUUCCAGGAUUCAGUGGGUCAGAAAUGUGGAAUCCAAAGACUCCUCUGAGUGAGGACUGUCUCUACCUAAAUGUCUGGUCCCCACGUCUCAACCGCACCCAGCCCCAAGCCUCGGGAUUGGCUGUCCUUGUCUGGAUUUAUGGAGGCGGGUUCAGUACAGGGACAUCAACUCUGGACAUAUAUAAUGGGUUCUUUUUGAGCAGAUCAGAAGGCGUUGUUGUAGUGUCCAUGAAUUACAGACUUGGAGCUUUUGGCUUCCUGUCACUUCCUGAUAGCAACAGUAUCCGGGGCAAUGCGGGUCUGCUGGACCAGCAAUUGGCCCUCCAGUGGGUAGCCAAUAAUAUUGCUGGUUUUGGAGGUGAUCCUUCAAAGGUGACUUUGUUUGGGGAGAGUGCUGGGGGAGCAUCUGUGGGAUUCCACUUGCUCUCUCCACGUAGCCAUGCUCUUUUCAACAGGGCUGUGAUGCAAAGUGGCUCCCCUAAUGCCCCAUGGGCCACAGUCAGCAAGAAAGAGGCCUGGAACAGGUCUGUGGCCCUGGGGAAGAAACUGGGCUGUCCCCUGUCUCCACCAGCUGAUCUGGAAGCAUGUCUGCAGAAGGCUGACCCUCAGCACAUCGUAAUUAAGCAAUAUGAAGUUCUUACCCAGCCUUCACUCCUUCUUCUGCCCUUCCUCCCUCAUGUCGAUAAUAACUUUCUACUACAGGAACCAGAGGUCCUCCUGCAAAAUGGUGAUUUCAAGAAGACUGAGGUGAUGCUUGGCUUAAACAAGGAUGAAGGAACAUUCUUCGUAGUUUACGGAGUGCCUGGGUAUGACAUCACCAGUGAGAGUUUGAUUACCAGGAAUAACUUCCUGCAAGGAGUGGCCAUGACAAUGUCAGAAGCAAGUAAUGUCACAAGAGAGGCAUCCAUUUUCCACUAUACUGACUGGACAGAUGUGAAUAAUGGAAGAAAAAACCGUGACACGCUUGGUUUUCUGGUUGGAGACCAACUCUUCAAUUGUCCUGUGCUAGAGUUUGCUCAAAGGUACUCACAGCAUGGAGGAAAGACGCACUUCUAUAUGUUUGACCAUCGCUCAACCAAGAACUCUUGGCCAGAAUGGAUGGGCGUCAUGCAUGGUGAUGAGAUAGAGUUUGUCUUUGGACUGCCGCUGAAUGCCACUCUUGGAUACUCACAGAAAGACGUGAAUGUAACCAGGAAGCUGAUGAGACACUGGGCUAACUUUGCCAAGACAGGGAACCCAAGUAUCGGAGGAGUUGAUUGGCCGAAGUUUACACCAGAGGGUCAGGAGUAUGUCACUCUGAACAGCAACCCACCAGAAACAAAGAGGAUGCUAAAAGCUCAAGAGUGUCGCCUCUGGAACAGCUUAACACCAAAAAUACAGCAAGUUUCAGAUGAUCUGCUGUCAUGCGUUCAUGCUGAUGGGACUGUACUGCACUGUAGCUACACACUGCUCCUGAUUUUACUGCUCUAUACUUUAACAUAUUGACAGGCAGAGGAGAGCUGCCUUCACUCUGAUGUUAUAUCCACUGCUGAUGAUUUACUGUAAACAUGUAAGACCUGAGAGAAAAAAAGCUGGUCUCUGUAUCUGGUGCCAUUGCUUUAAUAUGAUUCAACACAGAGGCCAGUAAUCACCUGAAAUCACACGCUGGCAGUUGGUUCUUUGCUCCAGCCAUUGUACUCAUUUCACAUUGUAUAUGGUUAUUGCACUGUUUACUUUAUUCUAGAAGCAAUAGAGGAUUUUAAAAUGUGGCCCAAUGGGUU